AUGGCCUUUUUUGAAGAAGCUGCUCAUUUCGUCAAGGAAGUCGUUACCGGCGAAAUUUUUACUGAUAGUGGCGGAACUCCAGCUGACGUUGAAAGGUUCUUUCGACACGGAUCUUUUUCUAGAGUACGGGAAAAUGUCUUUGUGAAAUGGUAUGUUGACGGGAAAAAUUACUUCCAUGCCGUUUCUGAGGCUCUCCUGUCCGCAAAGGAGGAAAUCUUUAUCGAAGAUUGGUGGCUCUCUCCGGAAUUGUAUCUUCGAAGGCCUCCUAGUAAAAACGAGGAAUAUCGUCUCGAUAGGAUCCUCAAAAAGAAGGCCCAAGAGGGAGUGAAGAUUUACGUCGUCCUUUUUAAAGAGGUGACUCAGGCUUUAACUUUGAAUUCCGAACAUAGUAAAGCAGUAUUGCGAAGUCUAGACGACAACAUUUAUGUCCUAAGGCAUCCUGAUCACGGUCUUGACGGAAAAGGAACUUUCUUUUGGGCGCAUCAUGAGCCUUCAUCGGUGGGUUGGACUUAUGCUUUGGACGUUAUGAUACGGGUGUCCAUCAACUCUCAGAUUUCUCUCAUAUAUCUCACAAAUACUCG